CCGCACGCCCGCACCAUGAUCGCCGCCGCGUUCCUGGUCCUGCUGAGACCCUACAGCAUCCAAUGCGCGCUCUUCCUCUUGUUGCUUCUGCUGGGCACCAUUGCCACCAUCGUCUUCUUCUGCUGCUGGCACCGCAAGCUCCAGAAGGGGAGGCAUCCCAUGAAAUCCGUGUUUUCGGGUCGCUCUCGAAGCAGAGAUGCUGUUCUGAGGUCUCAUCACUUUCGCUCUGAGGGGUUCAGAGCAAGCCCUCGGCACAUCAGGAGGCGAGUGGCAGCGGCGGCAGCGGCCCGGCUGGAGGACGUGAAGCCCGUGGUGGAAGCUCACCAUCAAAGCGAGCAGGAAGCUUCAGUGAGGAAGCGAAGAAUCAAGAAAAAUAGCCGGGUCCAGCCAGAAUUUUAUCACUCUGUUCAAGGUGCUCCAACCAGAAGGCCUAGUUCCGGGAACGCGUCCUACCGCUGCUCCAUGUCUUCCUCUGCGGAUUUUUCCGAUGAGGACGACUUCAGCCAGAAAUCCGGCUCCGCAUCUCCAGCUCCUGGAGACACCUUGCCCUGGAAUUUGCCCAAACAUGAGAGAUCAAAAAGAAAGAUUCAUGGGGGCUCCGUGCUGGACCCGGCCGAGAGGGCCGUGCUGAGGAUAGCAGAUGAACGGGACAAGGUUCAAAAGAAAACAUUUACAAAAUGGAUAAAUCAGCAUCUCAUGAAGGUUCGAAAACAUGUGAAUGAUCUCUAUGAAGACUUAAGGGAUGGGCACAAUUUGAUCUCCCUUUUAGAGGUUCUUUCUGGAGAUACCUUGCCCAGAGAAAAAGGUCGGAUGCGUUUUCACAGACUACAGAACGUACAAAUCGCACUUGACUAUUUGAAAAGACGCCAGGUGAAGUUAGUGAAUAUUCGAAAUGAUGACAUAACAGAUGGAAAUCCCAAAUUGACUUUGGGAUUAAUCUGGACAAUAAUUUUGCACUUUCAGAUUUCUGACAUCCACGUAACUGGGGAGUCAGAGGACAUGUCUGCAAAAGAGAGACUGCUGCUGUGGACACAGCAGACAACAGAGGGCUAUGCCGGAAUACGCUGUGAAAACUUCACCACCUGCUGGAGAGACGGGAAACUAUUUAAUGCCAUCAUUCAUAAGUACAGGCCGGACCUGAUAGACAUGAACACUGUUGCUGCUCAGAGCAACCUUGCAAACUUAGAGCAUGCUUUUUAUGUAGCUGAAAAAAUUGGCGUCAUAAGACUCCUGGAUCCUGAAGAUGUUGAUGUCUCCUCACCUGAUGAAAAGUCAGUGAUAACUUACGUGUCAUCUCUCUAUGAUGCAUUUCCCAAAGUCCCUGAAGGUGGUGAAGGCAUUGGUGCAAAUGAUGUUGAAGUCAAGUGGAUUGAAUACCAGAAUAUGGUGAACUACCUCGUCCAAUGGAUUAGACACCAUGUGACCACAAUGUCUGAGAGAACUUUUCCUAAUAAUCCUGUGGAACUAAAGGCACUUUAUAAUCAGUAUUUACAGUUUAAAGAAACAGAAAUCCCACCAAAGGAGACAGAAAAGUCAAAAAUUAAGCGACUAUAUAAAUUAUUAGAGAUUUGGAUAGAAUUUGGACGCAUCAAACUCCUUCAAGGCUAUCAUCCAAACGACAUAGAAAAAGAGUGGGGAAAACUCAUCAUUGCCAUGCUUGAGAGGGAGAAGGCCCUUCGUCCCGAGGUGGAGAGGUUGGAGAUGUUGCAGCAGAUUGCCAACCGAGUUCAGAGGGACAGUGCCAUCACGGAAGACAAACUGAUCCUGGCCCGAAAUGCUCUCCAGUCUGAUUCUAAAAGGUUGGAAUCUGGAGUGCAAUUUCAGAAUGAGGCAGAGAUUGCAGGGUAUAUACUUGAAUGUGAGAAUCUUCUACGCCAGCAUGUGAUUGAUGUACAGAUCCUAAUGGAUGGGAGGUACUACCAAGCAGAUCACCUGGUGCAGAGAGUUGCAAAACUGCGUGAUGAGAUCAUGGCCUUAAGGAAUGAGUGUUCCUCUGUGUACAGCAAAGGACGCAUGCUGACCACGGAGCAGACGAAACUCAUGAUAUCAGGAAUAACUCAAAGUCUCAACUCAGGAUUUGCACAGACCUUACACCCCAGUCUGAACUCAGGGCUGACCCAGAGCUUAACGCCUUCUUUGACCUCUUCUAGUUUGACGUCCGGCCUGUCCUCAGGGAUGACUUCCCAUCUGACUCCUUCUGUCACUCCAGUUUAUGCACCUGGUUUCCCUUCAGGAUUAGUUCAAAAUUUUGGUUUAGGAGUAGAGCCAAGUUCAUUGCAGACUCUGAAAUUGAUGCAGAUCCGAAAACCCCUUCUAAAGUCUUCUUUGCUGGAUCAGAACUUAACAGAAGAGGAGGUCAAUAUGAAGUUUGUUCAGGAUCUUUUGAGUUGGGUUGAUGAAAUGCAGGUGCAGCUGGACCACACAGAAUGGGGUACAGAUUUGCCAAGUGUUGAGAGCCAUUUAGAAAACCAUAAAAAUGUUCACCGAGCUAUAGAAGAAUUUGAGUCUAGCCUUAAAGAAGCUAAAAUCAGCGAGAUUCAAAUGACAGCACCUCUGAAGCUCACUUACACAGAUAAAUUGCACAGAUUAGAGAGUCACUAUGCAAAACUCUUGAAUACAUCCAGGAAUCAGGAACGGCACCUCGAUACUCUCCAUAGUUUUGUAACUCGUGCAACUAAUGAACUUAUAUGGUUGAAUGAAAAAGAAGAAGAGGAAGUUGCUUAUGACUGGAGUGAGAGAAACACCAACAUAGCUCAGAAAAAGGAAUAUCAUGCUGAAUUAAUGAGAGAACUUGAUCAAAAAGAAGAAAACAUUCGCUCAGUUCAGGAAAUAGCAGAGCAGCUUCUUCUAGAGAAUCACCCAGCUCGCUCAACUAUUGAGGCCUACCGGGCGGCGAUGCAGACGCAGUGGAGCUGGGUCCUGCAGCUCUGCCAGUGCGUGGAGCAGCACAUAAAAGGCAACACUGCGUACUUUGAGUUUUUCAAUGAUGCCAAAGAAGCCACUGAGUACCUAAGGAAUUUAAAAGAUGCCAUUCAACGCAAGUACAGCUGUGAUAGGUCAAGCAGCAUCCACAAACUGGAAGACCUUGUUCAGGAGUCAAUGGAAGAGAAAGAAGAGCUCCUGCAAUAUAAAAGCUCAGUUGCAGGCCUGAUGGGGAGAGCGAAAUCUAUCAUUCAGCUGAAGCCAAGGAACCCUGACAGUCCCCUCAAAACUUCUAUUCCAAUCAGAGCGAUCUGUGACUACAGACAGAUUGAGAUAACCAUUUACAGAGAUGACGAAUGUAUUUUGGCCAAUAACUCUCACCGGGCUAAGUGGAAGGUCAUCAGCCCCACGGGAAAUGAGGCCAUGGUCCCAUCUGUGUGCUUCAGCGUCCCCCCACCGAACAAGGAAGCUGUUGACUUUGCAAACAGAAUUGAGCAGCAGUAUCAGAGCGUCCUCACUCUGUGGCAUGAGUCCCACAUUAACAUGAAGAGUGUUGUUUCCUGGCAUUAUCUGGUCAAUGAAAUUGAUAGAAUCCGAGCCAGUAAUGUGGCUUCAAUAAAGACAAUGUUGCCUGGUGAACAUCAACAAGUUCUGAGUAACCUGCAGUCUCGUCUGGAAGAUUUUCUGGAAGAUAGCCAGGAAUCUCAGAUAUUUUCAGGCUCAGAUGUAACACAACUGGAAAAGGAGGUGAAUGUCUGUAAGAAGUACUACCAAGAGCUUCUUAAAUCUGCAGAAAGAGAGGAGCAAGAGGAGUCUGUUUACAAUCUUUAUAUCUCUGAAGUUCGGAACAUUCGGCUUCGCUUAGAGAACUGUGAAGAUCGGUUGAUCAGACAGAUCCGAACUCCCCUGGAACGAGAUGACUUACAUGAAAGUGUGCUCAGAAUCUCUGAGCAGGAGAAACUGAAGAAAGAGCUGGAACAUCUUAAAGAUGAUUUGGCAGCAAUCACAAGUAAAUGUGAAGAGUUUUUCAGUCAAGCGGCGGCCUCUCCAUCCAUCCCUACCCUACGGUCCGAGCUCAGCGUGGUCAUUCAGAACAUGAACCAAGUCUACUCUAUGUCUUCCACUUACAUAGAGAAGCUCAAAACCGUUAAUUUGGUAUUAAAAAACACCCAAGCUGCUGAAGCCCUUGUGAAACUUUAUGAAACCAAACUAUGUGAAGAAGAAACAGUUAUCGCUGACAAAAAUAACAUUGAGAAUCUAAUGAGUACUUUAAAGCAAUGGCGAUCAGAAGUGGAUGAAAGGAGAGAAGUUUUCCAUGCACUGGAGGAUGAGUUGCAGAAAGCAAAAGCCAUCAGUGAGGAAAUGUUCAAGACAUACAAAGAGCGGGACCUUGAUUUUGACUGGCACAAAGAAAAAGCUGACCAGCUAGUUGAAAGGUGGCAGAAUGCCCAUGUGCAGAUUGACAACAGGUUACGGGACUUAGAUGGCAUUGGCAAAUCACUGAAAUACUACAGAGAUACCUACCACCUUCUAGAUGAUUGGAUUCAGCAGGUUGAAACUACCCAGAAAAAAAUUCAGGAAAAUCAGCCUGAGAACAGCAAAACCCUGGCCACGCAGCUCAACCAACAGAAGAUGCUGGUAUCUGAAAUAGAAAUGAAACAAAGCAAAAUGGAUGAGUGUCAAAAAUAUGCAGAAAAGUACUCAGCUACAGUAAAGGACUAUGAAUUACAAACAAUGACUUACCGGGCCAUGGUAGAUUCACAACAAAAAUCUCCAGUGAAGCGCCGAAGAAUGCAGAGCUCAGCAGAUCUCAUCAUUCAAGAGUUCAUGGACUUGCGGACUCGGUACACUGCUUUGGUCACACUCAUGACACAGUACAUUAAGUUUGCUGGUGACUCACUGAAAAGGCUGGAAGAGGAGGAGAAGUCCCUGGAAGAAGAAAAGAAAGAGCAUGUUGAAAAAGCUAAAGAAUUGCAAAAAUGGGUAUCAAACAUCAGCAAGACACUCAGAGAUGGAGGGAAAGCUGAGAAAUCUCUCUUCUCUAAGCAACAGAUUUCCAGUAAGGAAAUAACAGCCAAGAAGGAGCAGUUAUCUGAAUCACUUCAAACUCUACAGCUGUUUUUGGCAAAGCAUGGAGACAAACUGACAGAUGAAGAAAGAAAUGAAUUGGAAACACAAGUGAAAACUCUUCAAGAAGGUUAUAGCUUAUUAUUCAGUGAAUCUUUGAAAGAACUUCAAGAAUCACCAACUUCAGGAGAAGUAAAGGUAGAAGAGAAGCUGGAUAAAGUGAUUGCAGGCACCAUUGAUCAGACAACUGGAGAAGUCCUCCCAGUCUUUCAGGCAGUUUUAAGGGGCCUCAUGGACUAUGAUACAGGGAUCAGGUUGCUUGAGACACAGUUAAUGAUUUCUGGUUUAAUUUCACCAGAAUUAAGAAAGUGUUUUGACCUCAAAGAUGCUGCAAGUUAUGGCCUUAUUGAUGAGCAAAUUCUUUGCCACCUCCAAGAACUGAAUAAAGUCAAGGAGAUCAUUUCCAUUGCACCACCCACCACCAUCCCUGUCCUGGCUGCUCUGGCUCAAGGCAUGAUAUCAGAGUCCGUGGCCAUCAGAGUUCUUGAGAUGCUGCUUUCCACAGGAUUUCUGGUUGUCCCAGCCACAGGCGAACGGUUGACACUACAGCAAGCUUUCCAUCAGAACUUAGUUUCCUCAGCAUUAUUUUCUAAAAUUCUGGAAAGGCAAAAUAUGUGUAAAGACCUUAUUGACCCAUGCACCUCUGAGAAGUUGUCUUUAAUUGAUAUGGUCCAAAAAAGUAUUUUCCAGGAAAAUACUGGGAUGUGGCUUCUACCUGUGAGAGCACAAGAAGGGGGCAGAAUAACAUUGAAAUGUGGAAGAAGCAUCAGCAUUUUAAGAGCAGCUCAUGAAGGUCUCAUAGACCGUGAAACCAUGUUUAGGUUGUUAGGUACGCAGCUUCUGUCUGGUGGUUUGAUCAACUAUAGCUCUGGUCAGAAAAUGACUGUCGAAGAAGCCAUGGUGGAGGGAGUGAUCGACAGAGACACUGCAAACAGCAUCCUCACGUACCAGGCUCAAACCGGCGGCAUCAUGUGCUCAAACCCCGCUCGGCGCUUGACAGUGGAUGAAGCGGUGCAGUGUAACUUGAUAAGUUCUAGCAGCGCUCUUCUGGUCUUGGAGGCUCAACGAGGCUAUGUUGGCCUCAUUUGGCCCCACUCUGGUGAAAUAUUCCCUACUUCAUCUUCGUUGCAGCAGGAAUUAAUUACAACUGAAUUAGCUUACAAAAUUCUUAAUGGCAGGCAGAAAAUUGCUGCUCUUUAUAUUCCAGAAAGUUCUCAAGUGAUUGGCUUAGAUGCUGCUCAUCAGCUAGGAAUUAUAGAUAGUAACACAGCAUCCGUUUUAAAAGAUAUAAUACUGCCAGAUAAAAUGCCAGAUUUAGGAGACAUAGAAACUUGUAAAAAUGCCAGAAGAUGGCUAUCUUUUUGUAAACUGCAACCAUCCACAGUGCAUGAUUACAGGCAAGAGGAGGAUGGUUUUGAUGAUGAAAAGCCAGAAGCAACUCAGAGCUCAGAACAAACUAAAAAACUGUUCCUGUCUUACUUGAUGGUAAAUAGCUACAUGGACGCAAACACAGGACAGAGGCUUUUGCUGUAUGAUGGGGACUUGGACGAGGCUGUUGGCAUGCUCUUGGAAAGCUGCAGUGCAGACUUUGAUGGAGGCACACCCAUCUCACGUUUCUCUGAUGCCAUUACUAAUACUGCUUGGCGGGAAGGGAGCGAUGAUUGUUCAGCUUCAACUGGUUUAGAUAGAUGUCAUAAAGACACUUCUGAAACCAGACAAUGUGCUGCAAAUGAAGAGAUUCCUGAAAUGAGAAAUAGUGAAGUCAGCAGUGAAUUUUAUCCACCAGGAAACCUGGCAAAUACAAGAGCAAUUGAUGAUGCAGCCUGCAGUCCAUCUGGAAUGCGCAUCCUCAACCCCAUAUCCCAUUCCUCACAGGCUGGAUUCGCAGAGGCUAGCAUGCCCAGCGCCAGCUCUGAAAACAUAUUUAAAAAUUGUGAAAAUCAAAGUCAGCUUAAAACAGCAGAACAUACAGAUGAAUUUGAACAUCCCCCAAGCAUUCAAAACUUUGCCAGCCAUCUGAUACCAAAUCCUGUCGUGAACUCAGAAGCUAGCCGACUCUGUGCAGUGAGUGCCGGCGAGCACGGGGGCAGCAGUGCACGCAGGGACCCAUCCGCCUUUGAGUAUUCUCCCAGGCUUAGUGCCUUGUUGAGUCAUGAUCAGUUAAGAAACAGCCAGGGAAGUGUUCAUGAUAAACACACCCCAGAGAACCCUGGAAAUAAAUGCGGAGCCUGUAUACUGCCAUUCAGUGACCAAGGCAUGUCAACAGAUCAAAAGACACGAGGAAACUUUCAAGAUCAAUUUCUGGGAAUUGCAGGUAUUAACAUCAGCUUGCAGGGAGGACACUGUGAGCCAAACACUUUAAUUGGUUGUGGUAAUCCUCGAGGACAAUAUCACAGUGACAAAUGCAUGUCAUCUACUUCAGGGGAGCAUGAAAAUACACCUAUUGUUUCCCAGCAAAAGCCUGAAAACAAGCAAAAUGAGUCUGAAGUGGAGGAGUACCCUUUCAUCACGACUCCUGGGGGUGAUUCACAUAAUGCGAAGUCAUCUCCUGUCUGUGACACGCCAUCCCAUGAAGAAGCCUUUGGUGCUGGUGAGUAUGAAACGUCAUUGCUGGAUGAUCAGCACGGUGACACAGGAACCGACUCUGAUAGUGAAGACGAUUUUUAUGACACCCCCUUGUUUGAAGAUGAUGACCAUGACUCUCUGGUUCUUCAAGAUGAUGACCACGAUUGCUUGCAGCCCGAGGACUAUGACACACUGCAGAAGGAAAACGAUGAGACCCCUCCUCUGGCUGAUGUGUUUUAUGACACUUCAAGGGAGAACAAAAAUUCUGUGGUUCCUCAAGGGGGGGUAGUUGGUAGCUUAAGUGUGGGUGGCACAGCACACAGUCUCCAAGAAUUAUUUGUAGGUAUUGAGAAACUUGAUUUCAAUUCUGAUAAGCAAAAGCAGUUAAGUUCAGAUGGCUCAGACAAGGUGAAUGGGAAGUCAGUUGGGACUGCAAUUGAAAGGAAAGCUUCCAGUGACUUUGAAAGUGAUGAGUCUCACUCACUGACAGAUAAUGAAGUUCCAGGAAGGAAAGAGAGCUCUGGUAUGUCAUUAAAACCUGAUGACACUGGAGGCUGGAGAGGAAGCAAAGAAGAGUAUAUAAGUGGUCAAGAAUUUCCAUCUGAUAGUGAUCACUUCGGUUCCUUGCAAAGUGGAGAAAGUUAUGGGUAUUAUCUGUGUGACAGUCAGGAUGAUGAUGAUGAUGGUGAUGGUGAUGUUGACAAUCAUGACGUUUACUUUCAUGAUGCUGAUGAUGACUCCAGCAGUGAUGAUGAUGGUGGUGGUGAUGAUGAUGAUGGCGAUGGAAAAGGAGUGGAAGAUGAGAAUGGAAAGCCUGUGUGUGCAGGUACACAUGAAGCUAUCCCGUUGUGUGCCACCACUGCACAGGAAAACAGUGGUAAAGCCCAACCCAUCAGUAAAGCAAUUCUAGAUGGCAUGCCCUCCGACAGUCCUUCAGACAGACAGCUACACACAAGCGCUUCACUUCCACAACCCACUAGCAGGAGCGGCCUAGCUGCUGAGAGGAGCAGCUGUCCAGAGUUGACAGUUGGAGCUGUUAGGAGACACGAAGUGAGCCUCUCUAGCCCUGUGCCAGCACUUAAAGAGAUAUCACUGCCUGUCUCUAAAGACACUGAUUCAAAAAAUGUCUUUGCCUCUGAAAGUAUGUUACCUAGCAAUAUCAGUUCAGCUUCUGAAUUAGAUAGUGAUCUAAUGCGUACGAAGGUCAAGUUGGUUCAAGGGCUGGAAUCUGUAAGCUCUAUGAAAACUGAAGAGGAGGAUUUUGAGAAUGUGUCACCCAAAGUCCAGUCAUCACUUGAUGAAUUCACCAAUUCUGAGCCUGAGCUCACAGGAAUAGCUUCUGAAGACAGCCAGGUGCCCUCUACAUCUUCUGUAACUAACCUGGAUCACCAAGGAAACCGAAGAGAUCCAUUUAAAGGGGCAGGUGGCAGAAACAGUGUGCUGAUGGAAGAUGAAUUCAUUCAGAAAAUGGACUCAGGUACAGAAGAAGAAGAAAGUAAACACCUCCAACUUCUGCCCAGUGAAAGUACAAAGGAGAGCCUGAAUGUAGUUAAGAAGCCAUUCCCACCCGUACAGAUCACAGACAGUGACCAACUGAGCAAGACGGAGAGCCUGAAGAAAGGAACUGUGACUUCUACAGGUGAAUCACAGAGCGUCCCAGGAGCGAUUAGGACAAGUCCUGUUCAGUUUGAGAAUCUUGGAGCAAUAUUUGACACCUCAGCUUCCAAAGUGAUUGGCGAUGGCACCACUUCAGAGAGUGCAUCAUCUGAAGGGAAUAGCAGUGUGGAGGAAGGCUUGUUCCCUCAGGAGCCUGAGAAAGAAUGUGAUCUGUUUACUUUUUUAAAAUACUGUGCUAAAAACAUAAGCCCAAAAGUGCUGAAACCGAAGGAAAAUACUCCAAGGCAGGUUUUAAUUGCUAACACUCCCAUGGAUGAGAAUUUACAGGUAGGAGUAAAUAAUGCGAAAGAGAAGUUGACUCCUCCCCAGGAAGACUGGCCUCCACAUGACAGGGUCCAGUGUAAUGAUCAUUGUGCCAAAGGGAGAACAGAAAUUCCUGAGUUCACAUCAGAUAGUAAUGAGACCACACUUUCCUCCUCAUCUCUUAAAAGUGUGCAGGGCCUGGGGGGAAAUGCUGAUCUUGCCCAGUCAGAGCUCUGUAGAAGUGGGCUGAGAAGUGCCUCCAGGGACACUGUGGGUCAGGGCUGCUCAUUGUUCCAAGGUAGCAACGUGAAAGACGGCAUUGAGAAACGGCCAACCGAAGAUCAAGUCUUUCCUUCAAGACUCCCAGAGAAGGAGGCUCAGAUUACUGAGUGGCCACAGAUAUUUGUGGAUGAUGUAAACACUGUCUGGAAAAAUAGAUUGAAAGAAGGUCAUGUGAAUCUUCAAGAGAUGGGAGAGUCUUUAGCUUGCGUGGAUACUAAAAUUUUAAUCCAAAACUUAAUUAAAACAGUUAUGUUGUCCCAGCUGCCAAACGAAGUAUCCAGUGUGGCCGGUUACUCUAAAGUCAACAACGUUGGUGGAGUUUCCCUCGUGAAUGACUCAUCAGAAUUGAAGGCAGAAGGUCCAGGCGAUCCUCUCUGUAUUGUGAAUCUUAAGUCUGGCCUUCUUGACUCACUAAAGCAAAAUCAAAGUAGCCAGAAAACCACAGGUGCUUUUGACUUGAUGAGAGCGUUCGCUGGGAUGGAGAAUGCUCUAGAGGAAAGAGGGAUUUCAUCCAAUGUUCUUUCACUUCCACUUGAAAGUAUUUUCUACAAGCUGCUUUCUGACAUGUACCCAAAGGAAGGAGCACAGACUGGAGACAUGAGUCAUCAGGCCCGUGUUCCUUCAGAGGUGGUAGAAGAGGAAAAGCCACACGUCCUCAGUGAGCAUAACAGCCAGGAAAGAUGCGACUGUUCCCUGAAUUUACCAGUGGUGAAAGGAAUCCAGCUAGAAAGCUCUCAUGUGGACUUGUCAGUGGUGCCCAGAAGGGAGAAGCCCCAGGAACCGUGUGGUGAUUUCCCCAGUCAGUUCGAAUACAGUCCUGGGUCAAAAGAAGUGGCUUCUGAUGAUAGCUCAACAGAAAAAUUUUCCAACGAGUUGCAGCGGUGUUUACAUUAUACUGAGAAGAUGCAUGAGUAUUUGGCUUUGCUUCAAGAUAUGAAACCUCCUGCAGAAAACCAGGAGUCUACGGAUAACAAGCUAGAAGCUUUGAAGGAUCAGCUUAAACAGUUAGAGACAUUUGAGUCUGGGUUGACCUCGAUUGCUGUGGUUAUAAGAAAAGAUCUUCAGGUGGCAGAAGAUUUCCUUAUGUCCUUUCCUAGUGACCUUCCCAGAAGAUGUCUUGAAGAAUUGAGCAAAAGCCACCAAGACUUACAAACCACCUUCUCUUCCCUCAGCAGUGUGUCUUCAGAAAGAAGGAAACAGACUAUGCUGGCCAUUGACUCUGAAAUGUCUAAACUGUCAGUGUCUCAUGAAGAUUUCCUGCAUAAACUUAAGUCAUUCUCAGACUGGAUCUCAGAGAAGAGCAAAUCUGUGAUGAGAAUUGAAACUGAGAACAUUCAAGACAUUGACCAGAUCAAGGAGAGGGCAAAGCUUCUUAAGAACAUGCAGAGAGACCUUAAACACAACAAACUACAGCUGGAGACGACUGCCUUUGACGUGCAGUUCUUCAUCUCUGAAUACGCACAGGAUCUGACCCCAAGUCAGAACAGACAGUUGCUGAGACUGUUAAACACAACCCAGAAGAGUUUUCUGGACGUGCAGGAGCUGGUAACCACUCAGACGGACCGUUUAGAGGCACAGUUACAGCUGGAGCAGCAGCUGGGCCAUCAGAAGGUCAUGGAAGAGCGUCAACAGGAAUACAAAGAGAAACUCCAAGGGCUGUGCGAUCUCCUCACUCAAACUGAAAACCGCCUAAUUGGUCACCAAGAAGCCUUUGUGAUUGGAGAUGGCACAGUUGAGUUAAAAAAGUACCAGUCCAAGCAAGAGGAAUUACAGAAAGAUAUGCAAGGAAGUGCUCAAGCAUUGGCAGAAAGAGUGAAAAACACAGAAAAGUUCUUAAAAGAGAAUGGCGAAAUACUAUCCCAAGAAGAUAGGACUUUGAUUGAACAGAAGCUUAAUGAGGCAAAGAUAAAGUGUGAACAGCUCAAUUUAAAGGCAGAACAGUCCAAAAAGGAGCUGGAUAAAGUUGUGAUGACAGCUAUCAAGGAAGAAACUGAAAAGGUGGCAGCUCUGAGGCAGCUGGAAGAGAGCAAAACCAAAAUAGAGAACCUUAUGGACUGGCUGUCGAAUGUUGAAAAUGUUUCAGAAAGGACACGCACAGAGCCCAUGCAGGUGAUCGAACAGAACGGAACCCAUUUUCAGGAAGGUGACGGUGAGGAGGAUGAAGUCAAUGGUAACCUGCUGGAAACAGGUGUGGAUGGACACUUCAGGACGACCGAGGAGAACCUGAACCAACAGUACCAGAAAGUCAAGGCCCAACAUGAAAAGAUCAUCGCUCAACACCAGACAGUCAUCGUUGCCACGCAGUCAGCACAGGCACUGCUUGAGAAACAGGGCCACUAUCUCCCCGCCGAGGAGAAGGAGGAGCUGCAAAAGAACAUGACAAUGCUGAAAGCUCACUAUGAAUCCGCCCUGGCCGAGUCCGAGAAGAACAUGAAACUAACACACUCCCUACAGGAGGAACUGGAAAAGUUUGAUGCCGACUACAGUGAGUUUGAGUGCUGGCUGCAGCAGUCAGAGCAAGAGCUUGAGAACCUAGAGGCAGGCGCAGACGACUUCGGUGGUUUAAUGUCCAAGCUGAAGCGGCAGAAGAGCUUCUCGGAAGAUGUGAUUUCACACAAAGGCGACUUGCGGUACGUCACGAUCUCUGGAAGCAGGGUGUUAGAAACCGCCAAAUCUUGCAGCAAAAGAGAUAGCAGAAAGGUUGACACUUCUGCAACCCACAGAGAAGUCCAGAACAAAUUGGAUCAUGUUACAGAUCGGUUCAGGUCUCUCUACUCUAAGUGCAGUGUUGUUGGAAAUAAUCUUAAGGAUCUGGUGGAUAAAUACCAGCACUAUGAAGAUGCUGCGUGUGGACUGCGUUCUGGGCUCCAGGCCUGUGAGGCUGUGGCAAGCAAGCAUUUGCUUGAACCCAUUGCUGCCGAUCCUAAAAACCUGCAAAGGCAGUUGGAAGAGACUAAGGCUCUGCAAGGACAGAUAUCAAGUCAGCAGGUUGCUGUAGAGAAACUGAAAAAAACAGCUGAAGUGCUUUUAGAUGCCAGGGGAUCUUUACUUCCGGCCAAGAAUGACAUCCAAAAAACACUGGAUGACAUCGUUGGGAGAUGUGAUGACCUGUCCAAGUCUGUGAAUGAGCGAAAUGAAAAGCUGCAGGUGACGCUGACCCGCUCGCUGAGCGUGCAGGAUGGCUUGGAUGAGAUGCUAGACUGGAUGGGAAGCGUGGAGAGUUCACUGAAGGAACAAGGUCAAGUGCCCUUGAAUUCUGAAGCUCUGCAGGAUCUUAUCAGUAAAAACAUCGUGCUGGGACAGGAUAUUGCAGGCCGUCAGAGCAGCGUAAAUGCCAUGAGUGAGAAAGUGAAGACAUUCAUGGGGACAACAGACCCCUCUACUGCUUCCUCACUACAAGCUAAAAUGAAGGACUUGUCUGCUCGGUUUGCCGAAGCAAGUCAUAAACAUAAAGAAAAACUUGCCAAGAUGGAAGAGCUGAAGACCAAAGUGGAACAGUUUGAGAACCUCUCAGAAAAGGUCCAGACAUUUUUAGAAACACAAAUGCAGGCUCUCACUGAGGCCAGUGUGCCAGGAAAAGAUGUUACUGAGUUGUCUCGGUAUAUGCAGGAAUCAACCACUGAAUUCUUAGAACACAAGAAAGAUCUAGAAGCUUUGCAUUCUCUCCUGAAGGAGAUAUCCAGCCAUGGCUUACCAGGGGAUAAAGCUCUGGUAUUUGAAAAAACAAAUAAUUUGUCAAAGAAAUUCAAAGAAAUGGAGGAUGCCAUCAAAGAAAAAAAAGAAGCUGUAAGUUCUUGUCAAGAACAGCUGGAAGCAUUCCAGGUCCUUGUUGACUCACUGAAAUCAUGGAUAAAAGAAACCACAGAGCAAGUUCCUGCCAUUCAGCCUUCUUUUGGUGCAGAGGACUUGGGGAAAUCUCUGGAAAAAGCUAAGAAAUUACAAGAAAAGUGGACUUUAAAAACACCAGAGAUUCAGAAAGUAAACAACAGUGGGAUUUCACUAUGUAACCUGAUAAGUGCAGUGACCACUCCUGCAAAAGCCAUAGCAGCUGUCAAAUCAGGUGGAGCAAUAGUAAAUGGUGAAGGCACUGAUACAGAGACUCAGGAGUUUUUGGCAAAUAAAGGUUUAACAUCCAUCAAGAAGGACAUGAGUGACCUAAGCCACAGUUAUGAAGAUCUUGGCCUCAUACUCAAAGAUAAAAUUGCCGAACUGAACACUAAGCUCUCCAAACUGCAAAAGGCUCAGGAAGAGUCCAGCUCAGUGAUGCAGUGGUUAGAGAAAAUGAACCAAACUGCAACCAAAUGGCACCAGACACCAGCUCCUACAGACACUGACGCCGUGAAGACCCAAGUGGAGCAGAACAAGUCAUUUGAGGCAGAACUGAAGCAGAAUGUAAACAAAGUGCAGGACUUGAAGGACAAGCUGGCUGAGCUGCUGCAGGAGAACCCCAGCACCCCUGAUGCCCCCCGCUGGAGACGCAUGUUGGCAGAAAUAGAUUCUAAGUGGCAAGAACUCAACCAAUUAACAGUUGAUAGACAACAAAAGCUGGAAGAAUCCUCCAAUAAUCUAACCCAGUUCCAGACUGUCGAGGCCCAGUUAAAACAGUGGCUCAUGGAGAAAGAACUAAUGGUCAGUGUUCUCGGUCCCUUGUCCAUUGACCCAAAUAUGCUGAGCACACAGAGGCAGCAGGUACAGAUUCUGCUGCAGGAGUUCGAUACUCGGAAACCUCAGUGUGAACAGCUAACAACCGCUGGUCAGGGCAUUCUGAGCAGACCUGGAGAAGACCCUUCCCUACAUGGGCUUGUGAAAGAGCAACUGGCAGCUGUGACUCAGAAGUGGGACAGCCUCACUGGACAACUGCGGGGCAGAUGUGACCGGAUUGACCAGGCCAUUGUCAAGAGCACGCAGUACCAGCGAGUGCUGGGAAGCCUCUCCAGCGUGCUGCGGGAGCUGGAUGACCAGCUCAACAGCAGCCUGGCCGUGAGUGCGCUCCCAGAUGCUAUGGACCAGCAGCUGGAAACGGCUCAGAAACUGAAACAGCAAAUAGAGCAGGAGACAAAGCAGAUCAAAAUGGCCCAGGCACUGUGCGAGGAGCUGUCCGCGCUGGUCAAAGAGGAGUACUUGAAAGCAGAACUGAGUAGACAACUGGAGGGCAUCUCAAAGUCAUUUAAGGAUAUUGAACAAAAAGCAGAGAGCCACGUUCAGCACCUCCAGUCAGCCCGUGCAAGCUCUCAUCAGUUUCAGCAAAUGUCUAGAAGUUUCCAGGAGUGGCUAGAUACAAAGAAAGAAGAACAAAAGAACUCUCCCCCAAUAUCAGCCAAACUCGAUGUCUUAGAAUCACUAAUUAAAGCUCAGAACAAUUUUAGCAAAAAACUUCUGACUUCACAGUCUAAUAUGUAUGAAAAAACUAUGGAAGAAGGGGAAAAUCUGUUACUGAAAACACAAGGGUCUGAGAAAGCGGCCUUACAGUCACAGCUUAACACAAUGAAAACCAACUGGGAUGGAUUUAAGAAGCAGGUGAAAGAAAGAGAAGACAAGUUAAAAAAUUCAUUGGAAAAGGCCCUCAAAUAUCAAGAACAGGUGACAACUCUCCAGCCAUGGAUAGACAAAUGUCAGCACAGCCUGAGUGAAGUGAGGUUUUGCUUGGAUCCUGCUGAAACAGAGAAUUCCAUCUCCAAGUUACAGUCUCUGCAGAAGGAGAUGGACCAGCAUUUCGGCAUGGUAGAGUUACUCAACAACACAGCCAACAGCUUGCUCAGUGUCUGCGAGGUGGAUAAAGAGGUGGUUACAGAGGAGAAUAAGUCACUGAUGCAGAAGGUAGACAUGGUCACAGAGCAGCUUCACAGGAAGAAAAGCUCUCUGGAGAACAUGGCCCAGAAGUUUAAAGAAUUUCAGGAAGUUUCCAAAGAAGCUGAAAGGCAGCUUCAGAGUGCAAAGGAACAGCUGGAUACCCACGACUCCUUGGGACCCCAGGCCCACAGUAGCAAGUACCUGACUAUGUUGCAGACUCAGCAGAAAUCACUGCAGACCUUGAAGGAUCAGGUAGAUUUAGCCCAAAAGCUUGCACAGGACCUCGUGGCGGAAGCCUCAGACUCAGCAGGAGCCUCUGACAUUUUAUUAAAAGCAGAGAACUUAGUUCAAGAGCACAGUGCGCUAAGUCAGCAAGUUGAGGAAAAAUGUGCAUUCUUAGAAACCAAGCUUCAGGGCAUCGGACACUUCCAGAAUACCAUCAGAGAAAUGUUUUCUCAGUUUUCAGAGUUUGAUGAUGAGCUAGAUAGCAUGGCUCCAGUGGGGAGAGAUGUAGAAACAUUGCAAAAGCAAAAGGAGUCUAUUAAAACCUUUCUGAAGAAUCUAGAAGCCCUCAUAGCGAGUAACGACAAUGCCAAUAAAACCUGCAAGAUGAUGCUGGCCACAGAAGAAACCUCUCCUGACCUUGUUGGAAUCAGAAGGGACUUGGAGGCUUUGAGCAAACAGUGCAACAAGUUACUGGACCGAGCACGGGCAAGAGAAGAGCAGGUGGAAAGCACUACUGAGCGGCUGGAAGAGUUCUACAGUAGAUUUGAAGACUUCUCUGCUCUGCUCCGGAGGGCUGAGGAACACGAAGAAUCACAAGGUCCCGUGGGGAUGGAAACAGAAACCAUCAAUCAGCAGCUUGAUGUAUUUAAGGUGUUCCAGAAAGAAGAGAUUGAACCCUUACAGGUUAAGCAGCAAGAUGUGAACUGGCUAGGUCAAGGCCUUAUUCAGAGUGCGGCCACAGGCACCUGUACUCAGCGUUUGGAGCAUGAUCUGGACAGCAUCGGUGCACGGUGGAAGACUCUGAAUAAGAAGGUGGCUCAGCGAGCAGCGCAGCUACAGGAGGCCCUGCUGCACUGUGGGAGGUUCCAAGAUGCCCUGGAGUCCCUGCUCAGCUGGAUGGUGGACACUGAGGAGCUUGUGGCCAACCAGAAGCCCCCAUCUGCUGAAUUCAAAGUGGUGAAGGCCCAGAUACAAGAGCAAAAGCUUCUCCAAAGACUGCUGGAUGAUCGCAAGUCGACCGUGGAGGUGAUCAAGCGAGAGGGCGAGAAAAUAGCAGCCACAGCAGAACCUGCAGAUAGAGUGAAAAUUUUGAAACAGCUGAGUCUCUUGGAUAGUAGGUGGGAGGCGCUGCUUAGCAAAGCUGAGACAAGGAAUCGUCAGUUGGAAGGUAUCUCAGUGGUGGCACAGCAAUUCCAUGAGACCUUGGAACCUCUGAAUGAGUGGCUCACGGCCGUAGAAAAGAGACUGGCAAAUUGUGAGCCCAUAGGAACCCAAGCUACUAAGCUAGAGGAACAAAUUGCACAGCACAAAGCCCUAGAAGAUGACAUCAUCACUCACAAUAAGCAUUUGCACAAGGCUGUUAGCAUUGGCCAGUCCCUAAAGGUUUUGAGCUCCAGGGAGGAUAAAGAUUUGGUGCAGAGUAAACUAGACUUCUCUCAAGUGUGGUACUUUGAGAUUCAAGAGAAAAGUCACAGCAGGUCUGAGCUCCUCCAGCAGGCCUUGUGUAAUGCUAAGAUUUUUGGGGAAGAUGAAGUGGAGCUGAUGAACUGGCUGCAGGAAGUGCAUGACAAACUGAGCAAGCUCUCAGCCCAGGAUCCCAGCCCUGAGGGACUGUGCAAGCUGCAGGCUGAACUUCGGGCUCUACAAGAGGACAUCCAACUCAGGAAACAGAAUGUUGAUCAGGCAUUGCUGAAUGGCUUAGAGCUACUCAAACAAACAACAGGUGAUGAAGUUUUAAUAAUUCAAGAUAAAUUGGAAGCCAUCAAAGCAAGAUACAAAGACAUUACCAAACUGAGUGCUGAUGUAGCCAAGACGCUGGAGCAGGCCGGGCAGCUCUCCUGGCGGCUGCACUCUGCACACGAGGAGCUGGGCCGCUGGCUGGAGAGGGUGGAGGUGGAAUUGCUCUCCUACGAAACCCAGGCUCUCAAAGGAGAGGCUGUGAACCAAGCACAAGGGAGACAGAAAGAGCUGAAACAGGAAGUUAAGACCAACAAAGUCUUACUGGAUUCCCUUAAUGAAGUGAGCAGCGCUCUGCUGGAACUGCUACCGUGGAGGGCGAGGGAAGGCCUUGAAAAGAUGGUAGCUGAGGACAAUGAGCGCUACAGGUUGGUGAGCGACACCAUCACGCAGAAGGUGGAGGAGAUUGAGGCCGCCCUUCUGCGGUCACAGCAGUUUGACCAAGCAGCUGAUGCUGAGUUAUCCUGGAUUUCUGAAACAGAAAAGAAAUUGAAGUCUCUGGGUGACAUCAGGCUUGAGCAGGACCAGACCUCUGCCCAGCUGCAGGUUCAAAAGACAUUCACCAUGGAUAUUUUGAGACAUAAGGAUAUUAUUGAUGAACUUGUUAACUCUGGGCACAGGAUCAUGACCACAUCCAGCGAGGAGGAGAAGAGGUCAAUGAAGAAAAAACUGGACAAGGUAUUGAAAAGCUAUGAUGCCAUCUGCCAGAUAAACUCUGAGAGGUAUCUUCAGCUAGAGCGGGCACAGUCCCUAGUGAACCAGUUCUGGGAGACAUAUGAAGAGCUUUGGCCAUGGCUGACAGAAACACAAAGAAUCAUCUCUGAGCUUCCUGCCCCAGCCCUUGAGUAUGAGACUCUAAGACAACAGCAGGAAGAACAUCGGCAACUGCGAGAGUUGAUAGCAGAGCACAAGCCUCAUAUAGAUAAGAUGAACAAGACUGGGCCCCAGCUGCUGGAAUUGAGCCCAGGGGAAGGCUUUUCUAUCCAAGAGAAGUACGUGGCAGCUGACACCCUUUACAGUCAAAUUAAAGAAGAUGUCAAAAAGCGCGCGGUGCUGCUGGAUGAAGCCAUUUCUCAGUCAACUCAGUUCCAUGACAAAAUUGACCAGAUCCUUGAGAGCCUAGAGCGUGUCAUGGAGCGUCUGAAGCAGCCACCAUCCAUCUCUGCUGAGGUUGAAAAAAUCAAGGAGCAGAUCAGUGAAAACAAGAAUGUGUCAGUAGACAUGGAGAAGCUACAGCCAUUGUAUGAGACUCUUAAACAGAGAGGAGAGGAAAUGAUUGCUAGGUCUGGGGGCACUGAUAAAGACAUAUCUGCCAAAGCUGUGCAGGACAAGCUGGACCAAAUGGUUUUCAUUUGGGAUAACAUACACACGCUGGUGGAAGAAAGGGAAGCCAAAUUAUUGGAUGUCAUGGAACUAGCAGAAAAGUUCUGGUGUGAUCACCUGUCACUGGUAGUGACCACUAAGGACACUCAAGAUUUCAUCAAGGACCUGGAAGAUCCUGGAAUUGACCCCUCAGUAGUAAAACAGCAGCAAGAAGCAGCAGAGGCCAUAAGGGAGGAAAUUGAUGGGCUGCAAGAGGAGCUAGACAUGGUCAUUAAUCUGGGUUCUGAACUCAUCGCUGCAUGUGGUGAACCUGAUAAACCCAUUGUGAAGAAGAGUAUAGAUGAGUUAAAUUCAGCAUGGGAUUCUCUAAAUAAAGCUUGGAAAGACCGGAUUGACAAGCUCGAGGAGGCCAUGCAGGCUGCUGUUCAGUACCAGGAUGGACUGCAGGCACUCUUUGACUGGGUAGAUAUUGCAGGUGGUAAAUUAGCUUCAAUGUCCCCAGUUGGAACAGAUCUUGAAACUGUCAAGCAGCAGAUUGAAGAGCUAAAGCAAUUUAAGGCAGAGGCCUAUCAACAACAGAUAGAAAUGGAGAGACUGAGUCACCAAGCAGAGCUUCUGCUGAAGAAAGUAACAGAAGAGAGUGACAAACACAUGGUUCAGGACCCACUGAUGGAACUGAAGUUGAUAUGGGAUAGUCUGGACGAGAGAAUUAUCAACAGACAGCACAAGCUGGAGGGGGCUUUGUUAGCACUGGGUCAGUUCCAGCAUGCCCUGGAUGAGCUCCUGACCUGGCUGACGCACACUGAGGGCUUGCUAAGUGAACAGAAACCUGUUGGAGGAGAUCCUAAAGCCAUUGAAAUUGAACUUGCCAAGCAUCAUGUACUCCAAAAUGACGUAUUAGCCCAUCAGUCCACAGUGGAAGCUGUCAAUAAAGCAGGAAAUGAUCUGAUUGAGUCAAGUGCGGGAGAAGAAGCAAGCAGCCUUCAACACAAGCUCAAGGUUUUAAAUCAACGCUGGCAAAAUAUUUUGGAAAAAACAGAACAAAGGAAGAAGCAACUAGAUGGUGCCUUGCGCCAGGCCAAAGGAUUCCAUGGUGAAAUUGAGGAUUUGCAACAGUGGCUGACUGACACAGAACGUCAUCUGUUGGCAUCCAAACCUCUGGGAGGUUUACCAGAAACAGCCAAGGAACAGCUUAAUGCCCAUAUGGAUAUUUGCUCCGCCUUUGACAUUAAAGAGGAAGCGUACAAGAGCCUAAUACAGCGAGGCCGGCAGAUGCUGGCACAGUGCCCUGAGUGUGCAGAGACAAACGUUGAACAGGACAUCAAUAACUUGAAAGAGAAAUGGGAAUCCGUGGCAACAAAACUCAAUGAAAGGAAGACUAAACUGGAAGAAGCCCUAAACUUGGCAAUGGAGUUCCACAAUUCACUCCAAGAUUUCAUCAACUGGCUCACCCAAGCUGAGCAGACCCUAAAUGUGGCUUCUCGGCCAAGUCUUAUAUUGGACACAGUCUUGUUUCAAAUUGAUGAACACAAGGUCUUUGCCAAUGAAGUCAAUUCCCACCGUGAGCAGAUAAUAGAACUGGACAAAACUGGAACCCACCUGAAAUAUUUCAGUCAGAAACAAGAUGUUGUCCUAAUUAAAAACCUACUUAUCAGUGUCCAGAGUCGAUGGGAAAAAGUGGUUCAACGGUUGGUGGAAAGGGGAAGAUCUUUGGAUGAUGCAAGGAAGAGAGCCAAGCAGUUUCAUGAAGCUUGGAGUAAACUGAUGGAAUGGCUAGAAGAGUCAGAAAAGUCUUUGGAUUCAGAGCUGGAAAUUGCCAAUGAUCCUGACAAAAUUAAAACACAGCUUUCACAGCAUAAGGAGUUUCAGAAGUCACUUGGAGCUAAGCAUUCUGUGUAUGACACCACCAACCGAACUGGUCGCUCUCUGAAGGAGAAAACCUCACUAGCUGAUGACAAUCUUAAGCUGGACAACAUGUUGAGUGAACUCAGAGACAAGUGGGAUACCAUAUGUGGGAAAUCUGUGGAAAGGCAAAACAAAUUAGAGGAAGCCCUGUUAUUUUCUGGGCAAUUCACAGAUGCCUUGCAGGCCCUCAUUGACUGGUUGUAUAGAAUUGAGCCCCAGCUGGCUGAAGACCAGCCUGUCCAUGGAGACAUCGAUUUAGUGAUGAAUCUGAUUGACAACCACAAGGUCUUCCAAAAAGAGUUGGGGAAGAGAAGCAGCAGUGUGCAGGCUCUGAAGCGCUCUGCCCGCGAGCUCAUAGAAGGCAGCCGCGACGACUCCUCCUGGGUCAAGGUCCAGAUGCAGGAGCUGAGCACCCGCUGGGAGACUGUCUGUGCACUUUCUGUAUCAAAGCAGACCCGGCUAGAAGCGGCCCUGCGUCAGGCAGAGGAAUUCCACUCGGUGGUCCACGCCCUCUUGGAGUGGCUGGCUGAGGCGGAGCAAACCCUGCGUUUCCAUGGUGUUCUCCCAGACGAUGAGGAUGCUCUGCGAGUUCUCAUUGAUCAGCAUAAAGAAUUCAUGAAGAAACUAGAAGAGAAAAGAACUGAAUUAAAUAAGGCUACCACUAUGGGUGACGCUGUUUUGGCCAUCUGCCACCCAGACUCCAUCACCACCAUCAAGCACUGGAUAACGAUCAUCAGGGCCAGGUUUGAGGAGGUGCUGGCCUGGGCAAAGCAACACCAGCAGAGAUUAGCUGCUGCUCUGUCUGGACUCAUUGCUAAGCAAGAAUUGCUAGAAGCUUUGCUGGCCUGGUUGCAAUGGGCUGAAACCACCCUGAGUGAUAAGGACAAGGAAGUCAUACCCCAGGAGAUUGAAGAAGUGAAAGCCCUCAUUGCAGAACACCAGUCUUUCAUGGAGGAAAUGACCAGAAAACAGCCUGAUGUUGAUAAGGUCACGAAGACUUAUAAGAGGAGGGCAGCUGGUCCUUCCUCGUGGCAGUCCCACAUCCCGGUGCUGGAUAAAGGAAGAGUGGGAAGAAAACGCUUCCCACCGUCAAGCUUGUAUCCUUCUGGAGCUCAGACCCAAAUUGAAACCAAGAACCCCAGGGUCAACUUGCUGGUGAGCAAAUGGCAGCAGGUGUGGCUCCUGGCUCUGGAGAGGAGGAGGAAACUCAAUGACGCCUUGGACCGGCUAGAAGAGCUCAGGGAAUUUGCUAACUUUGAUUUUGAUAUCUGGCGUAAAAAAUAUAUGCGGUGGAUGAAUCACAAGAAAUCCCGAGUGAUGGACUUCUUCAGGAGAAUUGAUAAAGAUCAGGAUGGCAAGAUCACCCGGCAGGAGUUCAUUGAUGGAAUUCUUUCCUCAAAGUUCCCAACUAGCCGCCUGGAAAUGAGUGCAGUUGCAGACAUCUUUGACAGAGAUGGUGAUGGAUACAUUGACUACUAUGAAUUUGUAGCAGCUCUGCAUCCAAAUAAAGAUGCUUAUAAGCCCAUCACAGAUGCUGACAAAAUUGAAGAUGAGGUCACAAGGCAAGUCGCUAAGUGUAAAUGUGCAAAACGAUUUCAAGUUGAGCAGAUUGGCGAUAACAAAUACAGGUUCUUCCUGGGAAAUCAGUUCGGAGACUCCCAGCAACUGCGACUGGUGCGGAUCCUACGAAGUACAGUGAUGGUCCGUGUUGGCGGUGGAUGGAUGGCUCUGGAUGAGUUCUUAGUGAAAAAUGAUCCUUGCAGGGUUCAUCAUCAUGGGAGUAAAAUGUUACGUUCGGAAUCAAACUCUUCAAUUACUACCACUCAGCCUACUAUAGCAAAAGGAAGGACCAACAUGGAGCUGCGUGAGAAGUUUAUCUUAGCCGAUGGUGCCAGUCAGGGCAUGGCUGCCUUCCGACCGCGGGGCCGCAGAUCCCGGCCCUCGUCACGAGGUGCUUCACCCAACAGAUCCACCUCUGUGUCCAGUCAGGCUGGCCAGGCAGCCUCCCCUCAGGUGCCUACCACCAGCACACCCAAGAUUCUCCAUCCUUUAACACGCAAUUAUGGUAAACCGUGGUUGACAAACAGCAAAAUGUCAACUCCUUGUAAGCCAGCAGAGUGCUCAGACUUUACCGUGUCAUCUGCAGAGGGAACUCCAAUCCAGGGAAGCAAGCUUCGGCUCCCAGGGUACUUAUCAGGGAAAGGCUUCCACUCUGGAGAGGACAGUGGCCUGAUAACAACUGCAGCUGCCAGGGUCCGAACACAGUUUGCUGAUUCCAGGAAGACUCCCAGCCGCCCUGGAAGCCGAGCAGGAAGCAAGGCUGGUAGCAGGGCCAGCAGCCGCCGAGGCAGUGAUGCAUCAGACUUUGACAUUUCAGAAAUCCAGUCUGUGUGCUCAGAUGUGGAGACUGUUCCCCAAACACACAGACCUACACCCCGAGCAGGUUCUCGGCCAGCCACAGCCAAGCCUUCCAGAAUCCCCACACCCCAGAAGAAAUCACCUGCCAGAAAACUGGACAAGUCUUCAAAGAGAUAGUGCCGCUGGUUCCACCAAGGCCGUUCCUUGAGCAUUUAUUAUUUAAGUGAACAUUGUAAAAUAUGAUGUAGAAAUUAUUGUGAAAUAUUGAAGAGAUAAGUUUAAAAUUCUGCAGAUGGCCUUAUUUGUGUAUUUGUCUUUUUAUUUGAUCUGUCAUUUUUUUGGUCAGAUUUUUCUGGGGUUAAAUCACAUCAUAUGUGAUAGGAAAGAGUCUAACAUGGACUGACGUUUCCGCACUGUAACUUGUAGCACAUAUACCAAAAUCAGUUACUGAAUGGACAGGUAAGUCUGCAUCCUCUCUGACAAACACUACAGGACGCCGAUAACUGACAUCAUGAUAUUUUGUAUUAUCAUGGAAAUCUGAACAGCUGACCGACAUACAGGGGAUAUCUUUUGGAAUGAUCUAACCAUAAAUUAAGAGACAGAGGACAAAAAGAAAACACAUCCACAAAUGCUUCUUCAAGCAGUAACAAACAGAGAACCCACAGGAAGUUACUUCAAACUCUCGCCAGCACCAUGGUCUGCAAAUACCUCCCAACAUUGCUGCGUCACUGCUUUUCAUGCUGCCAGAGGAGUGCUGGGUAUUAGACCAGAUGCUGCACAAACAUAAUUAUGAAGUGCAGUCAUGUGAAUGUGAGGUUUUCCUUUGCUUGAGUGGUAUGUGGAACAUGUUUCAUUGAACUCAUUUUGUAACAAAGCAGUUUUGCUUGCAAAAAGCUAUGAAAUAAAACGUAUCCCUUAACUACA